AUGUACCGUACCGUAGCCUCAUCGCCAACGCGCCCAAACAACCUGUUGUACGAGCGCCAGAAGCUCCAAGUCUACCGCAUACACAUCGAUCAAGCCUGCGCAACACUACCAAGCGUGCAUGCAGAGGACAUCACCCAUCGCCGCCGGUCCGCUCUCGAUCAGAUCGAGUGCGACGGCAUCCGGCACAUAGCACUCUUCCUGCCAUUUACUGGCGAGGCCGAGAAACCUGACGCUUGGAUUAAGCAGACAUGGUUUGCUUUGAAGGAGGCUUGCGUUGUUUGA